AUGGAGCUGGCGACGGCCCCCAAACAGAGCUGGAGGAGCUCGGAGGAAAGUCGGAUCCUCUCUGCGCUCCUCGUUACCCGCGCGCUCCUUCCCUGGGGGUACUCGGGGUCAUCACUCAGGAGCUGGCUCUCCUCUCCCCAGUCCCCCCGGGUCGAGCAGCGGGCCAGGGUCAGGGGCGUGUGGGGAGGGCGGGGGGAUAGCUCGGCGGCCGAGAACAGAGGGGCCCAGGGAAUCCCGCGAAGCCGCCAAGCGCAUCCCGGCCGGGGCGCCCCGGGCUUUCCCCGCCGCCCCGUGCGCGGCGCCGGCGGGGUCGCGGACCCUCCGGCUCCGCGGAGCCGGAGCCGCGGAGGGAAGCAGGUGGGUGUGGAGCCCGCCUGGGGCAGCCGGGAGCGGCGGGUGCGCGAGGGGUGUGGGAGGCGCCCGCCGAGGUGUGGGCGGUGCCCUCCCUCCGGCGCCCCGGGGCCGCGCCCUGGACACCCGGGAGCUGUCCCCGCUCGAGCGCACCGCUCCUGCGCCGCCUGGCCAAGCCCGGGCGUCCCCGGCGGUACCCCGCCAGCCGUACCGAACCACCCGGGCCCGCCGCCCACCUCAAGAGCUGCGGGCUCCCAGGAAGAGGAGGAGAAGGCGGCGGUGGCCGCCGCCGCUCCAGUCCGCGGGCGCGCGGAGCGCGGGAGGAGGCGGAGCGCGAGGCGGGGUGGCCGCGGGCGGGUGUGCGCGCCCGAGCCGGCGCCCCCGAGCGCCCCGCCUCGCCUCCCGCGCCCAGCCUCUCCCCGGCUCCGCCACAGACACACACCCACCAAGCACCCACCGCCCUGCGCCCCCGCCGGCCGCCGCGCCGCGGGCAGCCCGAGCGAGCGACAACUCCCCCUGCUAGAGCCGCUCGCCUUCCCGGCUCCUUCCGCGCGGCGAGCUGAGCCCGGCUCGAUUUUUUUUCCUUUUCUACCCCAGCCCUCUCUGGUCUGGGCGCCGCCGGCGGCGGCAGGGGAAUGGGGACCCGCGAUGGGGAAGGGGGUGAAGAUCUCUGAAGAUUAUUGUUCUUUUUAA